GGUGCUGCGGAGGGCGGAGCUGUGCCGCUCCCCGCGAAGGUGGCUGCGGCCGGGCACGGCCUCUGCCCUGCGCCUGCGGAGCGCCCCAAGCGUUUGCGCCUUUCCUUCCCAGGCGGUGCAGUAGGGAGAGGGGCCGGGCAGAGCCCCACUCGUUCCCCGCCGGCGGAGCCAUGGACGAGCAGAGCGUGGAGAGCAUUGCUGAGGUAUUCCGAUGCUUUAUUUGUAUGGAGAAGCUGCGCGAUGCGCGCCUCUGCCCUCACUGCUCCAAGCUGUGCUGCUUCAGCUGCAUUCGGCGUUGGCUGACUGAACAAAGAGCUCAGUGCCCACAUUGUAGAGCCCCUCUCCAGCUCCGAGAGCUCGUGAACUGUCGCUGGGCAGAAGAGGUCACGCAGCAGCUUGAUACUCUUCAACUGUGCAGCCUCACAAAGCAUGAGGAGAACGAAAAGGACAAGUGUGAAAAUCAUCAUGAGAAGCUUAGUGUUUUCUGCUGGACCUGCAAGAAGUGUAUCUGCCACCAAUGUGCUCUUUGGGGUGGAAUGCAUGGAGGACAUACUUUCAAGCCACUGGCAGAAAUCUACGAGCAGCACGUCACCAAAGUCAACGAAGAAGUGGCAAAGCUUAGGAGAAGACUCAUGGAAUUGAUCAGUUUGGUGCAAGAAGUGGAGAGGAAUGUGGAGGCCGUGCGUAGUGCCAAGGAUGAACGAGUGCGGGAGAUCAGGAACGCGGUGGAGAUGAUGAUCGCUCGCCUGGACACUCAGCUGAAGAACAAGCUGAUAACGUUAAUGGGUCAAAAGACAUCACUUACUCAAGAAACUGAACUUCUGGAAUCCCUGCUUCAAGAAGUAGAACAUCAGCUGCGCUCGUGCAGCAAGAGUGAGCUGAUCUCCAAGAGUUCAGAGAUCCUGCUGAUGUUCCAGCAGGUGCAUCGGAAGCCCAUGGCCUCGUUUGUCACCACUCCUGUGCCCCCAGACUUCACAAGUGAAUUGGUUCCAGCCUAUGACUCAACUACAUUUAUCUUGCAAAACUUCAGUACCUUGCGCCAGCGAGCAGAUCCUGUUUACAGCCCACCUCUUCAAGUGUCAGGACUUUGCUGGAGGUUAAAAGUUUAUCCAGAUGGAAAUGGAGUAGUGCGAGGCUACUACCUGUCGGUGUUCUUGGAGCUGUCCGCUGGCCUGCCAGAGACUUCCAAGUAUGAGUACCGAGUGGAAAUGGUUCACCAGUCCACCAACGACCCCACCAAAAACAUCAUCCGCGAGUUUGCCUCUGAUUUUGAGGUUGGAGAGUGCUGGGGUUACAACAGGUUCUUCCGCCUGGACCUGCUGGCUAACGAGGGCUACUUGAACAGGCAAAAUGACACUGUGAUCCUGAGGUUUGAAGUGCGCUCCCCAACCUUCUUCCAAAAGUGCCGAGAUCAGCACUGGUACAUUGCGCAGCUGGAAGCAGCUCAGACGAGUUACAUCCAGCAAAUAAACAACCUCAAAGAAAGGCUUGCCAUUGAGCUUUCCCGGACUCAGAAAUCUCGAGGCAUCUCACCUCCAGACACCCAUCUAAGUCCCCAGAAUGAUGAUGGUCCAGAAGCAAGAUCAAAGAAAUCUGGACAAAGCACUGAAGUCCUACUUGAGAACGUCGCUGCUCCAGGAUUAUCACGAGACAACAAGGAAGAGGAGGAAGAGAAGAUUCAGCAUGAAGACUUUAACCACGAGCUUUCAGAUGGUGACUUGGAUAUAGAUCUUGCUGGAGAGGAUGAGGUGAACCACCUCGAUGGUAGCAGCUCUUCAGCUAGCUCCACAGCAACUAGUAACACUGAGGAAAAUGACAUCGAUGAAGAAACUAUGUCUGGAGAAAAUGAUGUGGAAUAUAGCAGCAAUAUGGAGCUGGAAGAAGGAGACCUCAUGGAGGAUGCAGCAGCUGCUGCUGCUACUCCUGGAGCAUCAGGUACUAGCCAUGGCUACACCAGUGCAAGUGGAAGACCUUCAAGGCGAGGAGGAACUGCCCUAGGCUCUACAACCAGUAGCAGUUUACUUGAUAUAGAUCCCUUGAUUUUAAUCCACUUGUUGGAUCUAAAAGACAGAAAUGGGAUGGAAAACCUUUGGGGCCUUCAGCCACGACCACCGGCCUCUCUUCUGCAGAGCAGAGCCUCAUCCUACUCUCUCAAAGACCGGGAGCAGCGGCGGCACCAGGCCAUGUGGCGCGUGCCGCCCGACUUGAAGAUGCUGAAGAGGCUGAAAACUCAGAUGGCUGAGGUGCGGAGCAAAAUGUCAGAUGUCAAGAACCAGCUCUCUGAAGUGAGAAGCAGCAGCGCCAGCUCCUGUGAGGGACAGCCCAGCUUCUUCUCCAUCGAGCAAGGUGCUUUGGCCGCCUGCGGAACAGAAAGCUGUAGCAAGCUGCAAGAGAUAGGAAUGGAGCUGCUGACAAAGUCUUCUGUGACCAGCUGUUACAUAAGGAGCUCUGCAAGUAAGAAAAGUAACUCUCCCAAGGCUCUCCGCUCUGGAGCAGCAGGUAGCCUGUCCCUACGAAGAGCCAUGGACUGUGGGGACAGCAACCUGCGGCUGAAGGUAGAUGGUCAGGCUUCUGAAGCCGGCAUCGGGAGCUCGAAGCUGAGCAGUCGCCAUCACUCUGCAAGGCCCCUGGCUGGCAGCAGUGCUGCUGAGGCCCUGCCCAAGCCAGAGGAGAGAUCUUGUGAAGGGUCAGAUUCUGAUGUGGGAGUUUCUGGCUUAAAUGGCUUAGCUGCUGUAGAGAAGACCAGAAAAGCUGGUGCUCUAGGGUCCAGUUCUAAAGGAUGUCGAACAGAAGGAGCACAGACAGGUGGUCUGGAAAACAGCUCUGAAAGUGGUGAACUGCAGGCUGUGCUUUCUGAAGGAGCUUCUGCAGCAGCAGAGGAAGGAAUGAGCAGCGACAGCGACAUAGAAUGUGACACAGAAAAUGAAGAGCAGGAGGAGGUCGCCUCUGCCUCAGAGGUGUUUAACCAGGCUUUCUCUGUCCAGUCCUCCAGCCAAGAGCAGUGCUCAGCAUUCCCAGAGGGUGAGCAAGUUGGUCCUGAUGAUCUCAGCUUUGUUACUGGAGAAGACAGCACCAGGUAGAGGAUGACUUGGGGCCUGAAGACCUGCUGGCUGGUGUCCCUGGGCAGUUUAUUCACUGGAGCUUAGUCCGAGGCUGCUGUUCAUGGCUGUGUGCACACUCCAUCCCCCAACACCCUCCCCUGGUUCUUCUACUGUCGUCUUAAACCUGUUACUGGGGCACAAUGACCUCUGAGAAGGCCUUACACUAAAGGUUGCAUUCCUGCUGGCUCUGCCAGCUUCAGAUGCUCUGAAAAAAAUGUCCAUAAAGGUGCUGGAGCCCUGUUUGGGGCUGUGUGUCCAAUUGUGUCAUGGAAUAACCACCAGCGUGUGAAUGGUCCUGUGGCUGCUGAGUCCUGCAGGCACAGUAAGACAGUGUCGGGGUGAAAGGGCUGCUGCAGAAGUUGUUCUCAGUUCGUGGUGUGGACCAGCCAAACACGUUGCCAAAUUGUGUGCCACUGUGUGUUGCAUUUUGAGCUGCUAAAGUACUUGUGAAGCUAUGACAAAAGCUGACCAAAUCCUGGGCUAGUGACAGAGCAUGAGCACCUGUAAGCGAUUGCUGUCUUUGUCUCAGCUGGCUGUAGCCGCAUUUGUUUGUGUGAGUGCUCCACACUCAGUGCUGUACCACUCAUCCUUUUAAACUGUUUGCACUUUGGUAAUAAAAUGAAUGUUGAAACCUGC